AUGAGACCAUCUAAAAACCAUCAUGGAACUCAACCUCCUCCUUCCAACAGCAACAACAAUAAUUUAGGUAACAAAAUCUCUAAUAUGAGUCAUGGUGAUUUGUUGGAUUUCUUUCUUUCGGAUGUAGCUCCUCCUGCGACCACUAUUGCAACAAUUAAUAAUAACAAUAAUACUGGUCAAACGAAUAAUCAAAAUUGGUUGAACAACACUCAGCAACAACCACCACAGCAACAAAAUGCCUUGUUGUUUCCUACUUCAUUCCCUGUUAGUGGAGGAGGAACUCAGAGUAGCAGCAGUGGUGGAGGCGGAGGAUUUAAUCCAAGAGCAAGGCAGAUGCCAACACAUACGCAACCACCACCAUCAACCACAUCCAAUAAUAACACAAUGAUUCAAAAUUAUAAUAUUAACAAUAAUGGAAGAGUGAGAGAUUCGAAUGAAUCAUCAUCCGUUUCAUUACACCAUCACCAGCCUCAACAUCAUCAUAGCCAUCAUAAUCAUCAUCACCAUAAUAAUACUCAUCAUGUAUCUCACGUCCAUCACUCAACAACAACAGGCUCAUCAUCUCUAAAUAUCUCCAACAAUGCCAGCAGCAAUUCAGCAAGCUCACUCAUGCCUCCACCCCCUUCCCGUGGUGAUAUUGGAACUGCACUGGCAAAGAGCGUUACAGAAUUUGAGACAAGUUUUGAUGAUGACUUUGCAACUCACUUUGAUAGUCCUACAAGGAUGGAGAGCUCAAGACCUCAGCCACCAUCCACAAACAUUGUUCCUACUCCAUUGUUGAAUGCUGGCGGUAACAAGUUAGAUCAAAAAACAACAACAUCCACUGCCGAAUCUGUAAAUAACAAGAACAGCACACAAAAAGAAGCACAAAACAUCGUUUCUACAUCAUUGACUCCUUUGCCUCAAAUCAAAGAAGUCACCAAGUCUUCCGAGUCACUCACAUCUAUCAGUCAAAAACAUCCACAAUUGAAUAUUUCACUUGAAGCGAUUCAGAAACAUAAAAUUCAAGAACCUGCAGCAACAUCUUUGGCAACAACUACAAGCGGUGUUCCUAGUCUCAAGAAAGAAAACAGUAACUUGAGCUCCAACAGCACAACAGGAAAUACUUCAACAACAGUGGAAAAGCCAGUUUCUAGAAUGGAAACUUUGAAAAAUUUAAACGAUUUGACACCAAAUGGAAAAUGUCAGCACAAGUGUCAGUUACCUGGAUGCAUUUGUUAUUGCUCUUUCGAUCACUCCUCCGAAAAGUACAAGGAAUUUAUUGAGAAUGAAAAUGGAGGUGUCGAUUUUCACAUGUGCAGCAAUGCUCACUUUUGUCCAAAAUCAUGCUCUCACCGUGGAUACUGUGAAAUUAAGGCUGAAGCCAAAUAUAAUGAUGUUGGAUUGAAACACCUAUGCAGCAAAAUGCUCAAGCCUUACAAAUUUGUACACGAAGGAAAAUGUAUGUGUUACAAUGAUGAAGAUGUUAAUGUGCAACCCCGCAAGCACUUUUGUACAAAGAAAUGUCCUGCUUGCUUGUCCAUAUGCAGGAAAGAAUAUGGUCAUGAUAAACACUCGUUUUGGAUUUCAAAACGAUCCGUAGAUCCAAAAUCUAGACAAAUAGAUUUUGAAUCACUUACUUUGAAAGAACAAGAGGAAUUAUUGCUUCAUGAUACAGAACAUACGAACAUGAUCAACACAAUAUUUGUGACAGAUUCCAAGCUGCUCAAAAACAACGCUAUUGAAAUUCCAUACAUUUAUCAAAAUCAAGAGAGAACUCUACGAUUCUUUCCUGGACAAAACGGUGCAAAAUUCACAUGUGAAACUUAUUGCAGAGUUCUUGGACGUGGUCAUACCUAUCUCACACUUUGUCAUCACGAACAUGCUAAACGAAUUGCAGCGAUCGAAUCGACCAAUAGCUCCGCAUCAGAUCUUUCAAAAUUAUCUUUGGAUGGAGAUUUCAUUUCCAGCAAGAGAUCUGCCUCAAUGAACAAAUCACCAAGUAAUGGAGAUUUUGUGACUCCUAAAAACAGUGAUUCAAGCAAAAUACAAUUUAGCACACCAAGUAAUACGGCUACAGCCAACAAGACCGAAGCCAACGUACCAAGAUCUCGCUCAUAUGGAUCCUACCUUUCUACUAUGGGUUCAGAACCGCCAUCCACUUCUGAAAUUCCAAGUCUUACUGUUGAGGAAUCCAAGCCAUCUUCCUCUUCAAUUAUUCACACGGCAUUGGAGGACGGAAUUGGAGGAGUACCAAGAGGUAAUUCUGUUAUUAGCAUCACUAGCUCAACUGCAACCAACACCACUGACAGUGGUAAAGGAAGCACAAAAUCUCAGUCUCCAAAUUCCAUGACUAAUCAAUCUAGCACAAGCACGUCAUCGAACCUUUUGUCUAUUACCUCUUCAAGUGGUGUACAGCCUUCAAUUUCGCCAAGAGGUCCGCAAUUAUCACCAAGAUAUGGCAGAGAAGAUUCAUUUAUUAUGGAUACCGAGUUUAGUGACUCUGAAAAGGAUGCAGCAAACGGAUGCCCAUUCACUGGUGAGUUGAGUUUGAUGGCCACAGGACGUAGACACUCUUCAAUGAAAUGCGAACAUAUGGAUGAACUUAAGCAUGACAAGUUUUGGGAUUUGUGUGGAUUUGUUGAUCCUUGCAAAAAAGCUUGCAUGUCACCAGAAGAAUUGCGCCAGUUCAAUUUGUGUCGUGUUCAAACCGUUUUCGAUUCAAAUCAAGCAUUGGAGUACUGUAAAAGACACGUUUCUCAUGAAGUUUUGGAUUCCAGCUCUCUUGAUUAUUUGGAAGAUAUUGCCUUGUUGGCAGAACGUUUUCCAGCAAGAGAUACUGGCUGCAUUUUCUCACCAAGCGGUCACUUGUUUAAAGCUCAACCAAACUCGGGCUUCCACCACUAUAUCUUUAUUGACGUCAGCAAAAACAUGUCAAGUCAAGAUUUUUGCCCUUCUUUCCCAGUUUUCAAGCCUUCUACUAAAAGCUUAAAGCAAAGCGAAAAAUCUGAAGAUUACUCUCAUUUCACAGCCUAUGACAACAGACUUGGUUGUGCUAUUGAGAUUGCUCUGAAGUUUUUACAAAUUCUUUACAAACUUCGACCUUCUGAUAGAAUGACCGUAGCAAUUUUCACCAAAAAAACAGUAGAAGUUUUGAUUGAUAAUGAGGAGUUACAAUAUUAUUAUUCAGUGAUUGAUUUGGUCACGACGAAGAUUAAAAAACCUGAAAAUGAUGGAGGUUUUGAAGAAGUUUUCACAUUGAUGUGUUCACUCUUGACCAAACACAAUGUGAGAGAUUCUGCAGACAGAGUGAACAAGGCUCUCAAACCUAAAAUUUAUCUACUCACAGGAAAUCAAAUUGAAUCUAAAUUCCAACCAAACUUUGGUAAAACAGCAUCAUCUUCAACAGGAACACCUGUUUGGCAUUCGUUAGGUAAAUUGGAAAGUAUUUCACUUCAAAGAAAGAAAAAGAAGGAAAAAUCCAAACUCGAUGAUGUUCUUGAGUGGUUUGAGUCCAAUGGAAUUAAACCAACAUUUGGAGCUAAUGGAGAGUCGGAACCUUACAUUUCCAUUAUCAAAAUUGGUAGCGAAGGCAAUGAAUCAAAACUUAAUCAGAUUUUAUUGAGAAGCAAAGGCCUUUCUACCAUUGUUGAUUCAACUCUCGUGUCUGCCAAUGUGACUACAAAUCUAACUGAAGAAGACAAAGAGGACAUAAAGAAACGAUCUGCACGAGACCCUUUCGUAAUGCAAAGGAAAGUUAUUUGCCACAUGUUGCAUGAGUUACUUUUGAUUCAUUUGGAACACAACAAGAUCAAGCUCAACGAAAAUAUGAGAAUUAGCGGUGCCAAUUCUGCAUCAUCAGGUAAAUGCGGAUUGCUGAUUAAAUCAGCUAUCGAUCACGUUCAACAUGCUGACGGUAAGCAUGACGAUGAUGACACAGAUUCUGCUGAUAGCGACGAGGAGCUGUCAAACUUUGGAUUUGCAAGCUUUAUGAUUGGAAAGAACCAAAAAGGUGUCACCUCUCCUUCAUCUAUGGAUAUACUUGAUGAAAUUGAAAAUAUUGAGAGUCCGAAUUUACAUGAAGAGGGAGAGUCCAGAGCUGAUGAAACAAAUCCUGAAGAAAAACCUGCUGAUGCAAAAGAUUCUAAGGCAGAAGAAGAAAACAAAGAGGAUAACAAACAAAUAGAAAAUGAAAAGGACAACUUGGAAAGAGAAAAUCUAGCAAAGGAAAUUCUCGAUACUGAAAGAGCCUAUGUCACAUCUAUUGCUAAAAUUAUUGAACUCUACUAUUAUCCAUUACUGAAAUAUGUUCCAAAUGUCCUCAGUGAUGAAGACAGAUCCACUAUUUUUAAUGGUCUUCUCGGUAUUUACAAUUUACACAAAAUUUUAGUGACCGAUUUAGAAGAACGUGUCAACGAAUGGCGUAAAGAUCAAAAGAUUGCUGACAUUUUCAUCAAGCUUCAUCAAACAUUCAAACUCUACACUAGUUUUUCCACCAAAUAUGAAAUGGCCAUUGAGGCCUUCUCAAAAUAUAAGGAUAGUCCACGAUUCCGUAAUUUCCUCUAUAUUCGAAGAAAGGAUCCAUUUUCAAAAGGAGAACAACUUCAAAGCUUUUUAAUCAAACCCAUUCAGCGUAUACCAAGAUACAUUCUAUUAUUGAAAGGUUUGCUUAAACACACUCGUGAUCCAAAACAUCCUGAUUUUUCUGAUCUUGUGAGCGCCAUCUCCAUCACUGAAGAGGUUGCUACAUUCCUCAAUAAUAAGAUUCGUGAGAGACAAUACUUUUACCGCAUGAAGAGUAUUUCUGAUCGUUUAUCUGGAGUUUCUGACCUCAUUCAACCUCAGCGUAGAUACAUUUGUGAAUUUGAUAAGCUCUAUGCUAGUUAUGACGCUAUUCAAAACGAAGAAUGUGUCGUGUUUUUAUUUAAUGAUAUUUUUAUUCAUGCCGUAAGAGAAAAAGAACCCACAGGUGAACAUUCACAUAAUAAGGAUGACCAUGGUGAUCAUAAGAGCAAGAUGUCUCGCAUGAAGAGAAAGCUUUCUGUGAAAUCUCAAUCACAACCACAUAUUGUUCAUCAUUCGAACACUUCUACCAUCUCUUCCAACACCAGUGCUUCCACUCAAAGCGCUUCUACCAGUGAAUUACCCUCUUCGAGCAUGAACACUUCUCUUACUAUUGCAUCUGAAGGAGCUGGUGGCAUUUCAAAUGAUACUUUUUCACAAAGUGUGGACGUUAUGGGAAUUAUGGAACAAUCCAAGAAGGACAGAUAUGAAGCUCGAUUUGUGCUCAAUUUAGGAGAUAUUACUAUUCAUCCAAUGAAUUUUGGUUCACAAAAUGAUACACGAUUCCAAAUUUCAGCCAUUUCUCGCAAAUUCUGUGUGGAAUAUGUCACAACCAAGCCCAACGAAAAAGCACGAAUUCUUUCAUGUCUCAACACUGCCAUUAAUAAUUUUAUGAAGAGAAAACAAAGUUUCCAAACCAUGAAACAAUAA